AUGGCGGGCGUCGCUGAUGCCGCCGCUCCCGGCAGCAGCGGGGACGGGAGGCGAGGCGGCGCCCCGGAGCAGCAGCAGCAGGACGCGGGAAGGGGGGAGCAGAAAAGCAGCUGUUCGAGCGGUGAGUCCUGGCCGCCUGCCAGCGGCUCCGGGCAGCCGCCGCAGCGAACCGAAACCCUGGGCUUCUACGAGAGCGACCGGGAGCGGAAAAAGAAGAGAAGCGUCUCAGACCUUUCAUUGCUGAGGUUCAUCAGUGCUGAACUAACAAGAGGUUACUUCCUUGAACAUAAUGAAGCAAAAUACACAGAACGGCGAGAGAGAGUAUACACAUGUAUGCGAAUACCAAGAGAAUUGGAAAAGUUGAUGUUUUUUGGAAUCUUUUUGUGCCUGGAUGCUUUUCUCUAUGUGUUCACCCUGCUUCCUUUGCGAGUUUUUCUGGCAUUGUUCCAGUUCAUCACUCUGCCUUGCUAUGGCUUACGCUCUCAUCAGGGCCUAGGAAUCAGUGAUAGACGUUUGCUACAACCUGCUCAGGUAUGUGACAUUUUCAAAGGAGUUAUAUUGGUCAUCUGCUACUUCAUGAUGCACUAUGUUGACUACUCUAUGAUGUACCAUCUGAUAAGAGGACAGUCUGUCAUAAAACUCUACAUCAUCUACAACAUGCUGGAGGUGGCCGAUCGCCUGUUUUCCUCUUUUGGGCAAGAUAUUUUGGAUGCCCUUUAUUGGACUGCUACUGAACCUAAGGAGAGAAAAAGAGCUCAUAUAGGUGUGAUUCCACACUUUUUCAUGGCAGUGCUGUAUGUCUUCUUGCAUGCUAUUCUUAUAAUGGUCCAAGCAACAACACUUAACGUAGCCUUCAACUCCCACAACAAGUCACUGCUUACCAUCAUGAUGUCUAAUAAUUUCGUUGAAAUAAAAGGAAGUGUUUUCAAGAAGUUUGAGAAGAACAAUCUUUUUCAAAUGUCAAACAGUGAUAUAAAGGAGAGAUUCACCAACUAUGUGCUAUUAUUGAUAGUAUGUCUAAGAAAUAUGGAACAGUUCUCAUGGAAUCCAGAUCACCUUUGGGUGUUGUUUCCAGAUGUUUGCAUGGUCAUUGCAUCAGAAAUUGCAGUGGAUAUUGUGAAACAUGCAUUUAUAACAAAAUUCAAUGACAUUACAGCAGAUGUCUACAGUGAGUACAGAGCCAGCCUGGCAUUUGACCUUGUUAGCAGUCGACAGAAAAAUGCAUACACAGAUUACAGCGAUUCUGUUUCCAGGAGAAUGGGUUUUAUUCCUCUCCCAUUGGCUGUUUUACUCAUCAGAGUCGUAACAAGCUCAAUAAAAGUACAAGGAGUCUUGGCUUAUGCCUGUGUUGUGCUCUUCUAUUGUGGGUUAAUUUCACUAAAAGUCCUUAACAGCAUUGUGUUGUUGGGCAAGUCAUGCCAAUAUGUAAAGGAGGCAAAAAUGGAAGAGAAGUUGUUCAAUCCUCCCCCUACUAGCACCCCAGGCAAACCACUCAGCAAACCCCAAAGCAAAUUUAAAUCUCCUCAAGGAAUUCCCACAGACGAAAGUUUCUCUGCAUCAGUUACCAAUCAGCCUGUACAUCAGAAGGAAAAUCCUACGUCUUUACUUGUGACAAGCAACUCUGAUCAAUUCCUGACGACUCCUGAUGGAGAAGAUAAAGAUAUAAGCCAAGACAAUUCAGAAUUAAAACACAGAUCUUCAAAGAAAGAUUUGUUGGAGAUAGACAGGUUUACUAUUUGUGGAAACAGAAUUGACUAAGUUUUCUGAAUAGAUGUGCUUAGGAUACUGAGCUGUUGGGACAGCAAAUGCUACCAGAAUGGACAGUUGCCAAAAAAGGCACUUAAAUAUUUAUUUAAAAACUUAAAUUAUUAAUGGCAAACAGAUAUUAAUUUUUACAAGUAACUAGGCUUGGUAGCUGGUCAGAUCAAGUAACAGAAAUCUUUAACUUGGCUCUUUGGAAAGUAUAAUGGACUGUGAGAGUCUCUUGUCUAUUUGGCAGAGCUACAGUAUCGCUGUCUUGGAAAUAGACUGAAAAAAUCAAAAUCCUGUUUUGCUUUUUGAAACCAUGCUUCCAGAACAUAUCAUUUUUCAUCAAGGUCUCUCCAGUAUAAGGAUAUACCUGGAAAUAUGUGACAACUUUAAUAGGAAGCUCAUCUUUCCAGUCUCAUGUUGUUUUCAUAAACAGCUGCAGAUUUCAAAACUUGUACUUAUCAGUGAACACAUAAAAAAGCACUGGUAGAUUAAACAGUAAGUCAAGAUAAUUAUUCUUGUCACCAGAAAAAUCUUUGAAGAUGUAUCAGAACUAAUCAGAAUAAAAUACUACAGUAUCUUAAAUGAAAGACCUACUGCAUAGUAUUUUAUCUAAAAUCUAAACCAGCGACGGAAAUGGAUCACAAAUACAAAGAAAUACAGUGAAGGUUCCACAUAACUGGGCAAACUCAGCUUCAUCAUUAUUCUGUUCAAUUACAAUGUGUUCUGCAAGGCAAACUAUAUACAUUUAUAAAUGCUAUAUGAAAGGCUUUUUUUAAAAAAAGCUGAGGCUUGUUUUUUGCAAUGGGAAGCAUUUUGUUACCAAGUGACACUUCUUUAUAUUGAGAAAAGGUAGUGUGAACUGCAGCCAGCAACACCAGUGUUGCAUUAAUUCCAGAUAAUUCCAAUGCAAUGGAAGAAAUAAUUACUCACUACAUUUUGGUUUAAACAAGUUGAUAAAAAUGGCAUCUAUAUAUUAACUUAGCUGGAAAAAUUGCCCAUAGAAUAAUUAUACAGAAAAUCAGAAGUGUCCAUUUUAAUUGAUGGAUUUUAAGCAAACUUAAGUAGCUAUGAAUAGCUUUGUUAUGAAACGCUUGGUUUUAUGAAGUAUAAUGCAUCUUAAUUUCUGGUGUGUGUGGCAAGGUUGGGGGAAUUGAUGAAAGGCAUGUUGAAUCCCUCAAGAAUGAACUGCAUUUCAGCUCAGUAACUAGGCUAGAGAAGUGAAUCAAAAGACAAUCUUUCAUCCAGUGAUGAAUCCUACAUUUGCUGUUAAAAUGUAACAUUAACCUCUAUUUUCUCUCUCAAAACCUUUCAAAAGAUUUAAGUUGAUGUCUGCUAAAUUAUUUCCCUUGGAAUUUUAUUUUGGUUUUUUGAUAUGAUACAGAUAUUUCAGUGAUGAACAAACCACAGGAUUUCUUUUAUUAACUAAUUUGUAAUCUAUUGGAGUUUAAAAGCCAAAGUUUAAUGUUUGAUUUAUGAAUAGGAAAUGUGGAA